AUGGAUAACAAUGACCUCAGCUGCCUUUGCAAAGGCAUGCCAUCAGCAUUGGACGUUCAGUCCUUAGCCAAUAAUCCAGAGCUCCUGAGUGCUAUUUGGGCUUCUGUACAGAUAUCUGCCACUGCAAAAGGCCUUGGUGGUAGUAAACUCUGCUCUAACAGGCUGCUUCAAGUCACCAAGUACCUAAGAGACCUAGAUGAAAAAUUCCAGUGUUUCCGGGAACUUUUACAGCAAGAUGGAGGCAUACUUUCAGGCCCUGCUGAAAAUAAACUGGCUGAAUUGCUCCAGUCUGUCUCCUGCUUUCUCAGCAAGUAUCCAGUUUUGAAUACUCACACCAGCCAGCCAGCCAUAGCCUCUCUUAUCACAUGUGUAAAUGAUCUCGACAGCGAAGCAAAAGGAACUGAAAACAAGAAACGCUAUAGUGAGAUUUUCCGAAGUUUGGAUGCCCUCGAAAUUUCACUUGGAAAUGCGGCAAUUGAAAUGUUUAGUGAUGAUGCUGAUGACAACAGUAAUGGAUCUUCAAACCCACAGCCCGAAAAAGUACAGACUGAUGAAUCUUUCUGUAAAGAUGAAAGGAAUUUGGAGGCAGCAGAUCCAGCAAAUAUGUCAGUUGAAGAAGCUGAUGAGAUGCUGAUCAAAUGUGAAGGUGGUGUAGAAGCAGCCCUAAGGUAUGCCAAAAUGUGGUGCAAAUACGUCAAGGAGCUGUUGAAUUGGAUAGACAAACGCAUUACUUAUGAAAUUGAAUUUGCGAAGAACAUCCUGAAGAUAGCUGAAGCUGGAAGAAAUAUGAUUUUUUCCCAGAACAGUAUGCCUCUCCAGACCCUCUAUACCAUGGUUAUGGAGCAUGACAUAAAGGCAGGGAACGUAGCCAUCGAGACAGCUGGAAUUUUGCAUCUGAGAGAAUAUUAUGAGCCUCUUUGGGCCAAAAGGAAUGAAAUUGAGAAAUGGCGGAAGGAAUUCAAAGAUCAAUGGCAGAAAGAGCAGAAAAGGAUGAAUGAUUCCUUGUCUUCGAUGCGCAAAUCCCGCCUCCAUUACCUCCAGCGUUGUGAGGAUUUGGAAAAAGCCAAAGUGCAAAGUGCCAAAGCAGAAGAAGAGUUCCAGACUAUCACAAAUAGUGGAAACAAGCAGUUGGAAAAACGGCGACGUUAUCGAGAUGAGGCUCAGUUAAAGGUUCAGGAAGCAGAAGUCACAUAUAGAAGCUGUGUUUCCGAAACCAACAAUCGCCGUCUGGAACUGAAAAAAGUCCGAGAGAGAAUUGUCUCUCACGUUCGCAAGCUAAUGUAUCAAGGAGAUGAAAUGCUGAUGAGGGUCUCCUUAAGGAUGUUCAAGCUACAGCAUGCCCAAGCAGAACAAAUCCCUGUAGGGUACCAGAACCUGACUGAAUUCUGCAAGCCCUACAAAAUUGGUGAAAAAUAUCUGGAAUUUAUUCAAAAGCUGCCAAAAAAAGAGCUUCCCAUUGAGGUGUACAGAUUUGAAGAAUUUGCAACAUCAGGGCAGAGGUCACCCUCUUCUGGUAGAAGAAAAAAUAUUGCACCUUGUACUCGUGUUUAUUCAUCAGCUGUUGACCUCAGCAGCUCAUCAGAAGAAACUUCUGGGAAGCCAUCUUCCUCUAGCAGUGAGCAAAGUGCGAAUCAAUCUUUCUACAGUGACACAGAGAGCCUGGGAGGAAGCGCUGAAUGCCAGUCCUUGGAUUCACCCACAUCCAGCCCAGGCCACAAGAAGUUGCUGAAAGCUCCAUCCACUGGAACUGUGUCCUCUUCAGAAGACUGUGAAGACAAAGAUCUGAUAAAAGUCUAUGAGAAUGAUCUAAAUGAUGUUGCAUCUGAAAAUGGCUUGUCCCAUUAUCAGUUUAAAAACAUAAUCCCGUCGAGUGCUGCUCAGACUCACCGGCUGCGGAAACUGAGGGGACCUUCAAAAUGCAGAGAAUGUGAGAACUUCAUGGUCAGUGGUAUUGAAUGUGAAGAAUGCCUGCUGACCUGCCAUAAGAAAUGUCUGGAGAGCCUCCUCAUCAACUGUGGUCAUCGAAAACUGCCAGCCCGGGCAUCACUCUUUGGAAUCCACUUCACUGAUGUGCCAAGGGAUUUCCCAGAGGAGGUGCCAUUUAUUGUGAUGAAAUGCACAUCAGAGAUAGAAACUCGUGCCUUGGGAGUGCAGGGAAUAUACCGCAUUAGUGGGGCAAAAGCACGCAUGGAGAGAUUGUGCCAAGCCUUUGAGAAUGGCCAGAGGUUGGUGGAGCUCUCAGAUCACUCACCCCAUGACAUCACUGGAGUCCUUAAACAUUUCCUUAAGGAGCUUUCCAGCCCUGUGCUUCCAUAUAAACUUUAUGAUGAUUUCAUGGCUCUCUCAAGGACUUUGCAGAAAACUGAAAACAGAACUGGGGAUAAUUCUGAGACGGAUCCCAUCAAGACCACCAAGGAUUUGCUGAGCAAACUGCCAGCAACAAAUUAUAAUACUUUAAGGCACCUCAUUGCUCAUCUGUACAGGGUGGCUGAAAGAUAUGAAGAGAACAAGAUGUCUCCCAACAACCUUGGCAUCAUCUUUGGCCCUACACUAAUCCGCCCUCCCUGUAACAAUGAUGUGUCCAUGUCAUGCCUUGUGGAAUCAGGAUACCAGUCACAGCUGGUUGAAUUUCUUAUCCUCAGCUAUGAAAAGAUAUUUGGGAUGGAUGACCUGCCUUCAGCUGGACUUUGUGAAUGUGAAAACUCUUUGAAACCGGAAAAUAGGCAUUCCGGUGCAUCUUUUGAGAACCCUGCCUCCAAGCUAUGUUUGGGUGAAGAUGAUUGUGGAACUGAGGAUUGUUCCUCCACUGAGGACAAGCAGAAAGACAGCAUGGAGCAAACUCUCAACUCCAUAAGCAGAGACCCCGUAGAGCUGAACAGCACAGAUGAUGCCGAACUGAAAGACUCUACGCUUGAUCUAGAAGUUACGCUCAGUCCACAGUCCAGGGGACGCUUCAGCCGGAUGCCAGUGAAACAUCCUCGUACCAUCAUCCCCAGAGUUUCCAGUCUGCCCCUGCUGGCUGCUGUCCUGUCUAAUUCAGAGGCAGCCAGUGGCCUGCUGGAGACAGGUCCGAGUAGCCGCAGUGCCUCACCCGAUACAUGUGGGAAGCGUAAGCAUUUCGAGAUGACACCAGAGACUGCUAGGAUUGUCUCUAAGCUGCAGCCUCAGAAUGGAACCCAAGAUUAUUGUCAAGCUCGUCUUGGGGCAGCUCUCCAGGAAAAGCCUCUGGAUGCACUGGUAGAAAGUAAGACUGAAUCCUGAGCUAAAAGGUUUUCUUGGGAAGUGAACUGGACAAAGGACUAGGAUCCCAUUUCUUGGGGUCAUCCUGGAAUGCGUAAAUCACAAAACUUCAUGGCUCCCUCUCACCUAGUGUAUUUGGAGAACAAACCAGCCCUGGAUAAGUCUAGGAGGAAUGAGGUAUUUAUACCACUGUCUCCCAAGAAACUCAGCUAUUGCUGAGUUGCUGGGAUACUAGAAACUAUAAACCCAGUGAAGCAGGCUUUCAGAACGGGACUGUUACUGCAAAGGGACUGUGGAGAAGCAAAACAGUCCUAGGGAAAGUGGCAGGAAUUUUGCAGAAAUGGACAGAGCCUUGGAAAUAACUGGUAUAGCUGCUCUCAAGGGCCAUGUUUGGGCAGUAUGUUAAUAUACGGUGUGAGUGUUCAGGAUGGUUCAAGGUUAUAUUUGACAAAGAUAACAUGACUGUGUUGAAACCCCAUGAUGGCGGAUUGGAUCAGAUUCCUACCAGCAAAACAACACAUAUCCUGGAAGUUUAAAGGUAUCAGCAUGAUCACCAAAGGAAGAUAAAUUCUGUGUAAAUUGUGCAAUCAUCCUUGGAAAUCUUGUAAUGCCAUCUCUCUAGCUUCUGAGCCCUAGACAUACCAACCCUCAACAUUGGAAACAUUCUUCUUUUAAAAAAUGAAAAUAUUUUUGGGAA